GUUCUAUUAAUUAAUUUUAACAACUUUUUAACAUUUGAAUUUCAAUUUUUAACGGCGAUUUUUUGAGUUUUGCAACAAAAAAAUAGUAAACAAAAAGAGUUGAAAAUAAAAUCUGUGAAUUAAAUUAAUUAAAAGUAUGUCUGAACUAAAGGCUAGGAAGAAAUUGGAAGAGAUAGCAGUUAGAUGGAAUGGAAAAGUGUCAGCAGAUCAGAUAGCUGCUGUUUUCAAGAAUGCCAAUAAUAAAUAUACAACUGAAAAGUUAAUUGUAAUUGCAAAACAAUAUUUUAGGCAGCAAAUUGUUGACGGAGAUAAGUUAAUUACACAGCUCGAAGUUAAUAUUAAAAAGAAUCAAAAGACACCGUACGAAGCUUUAAUUAUAAUGCUGAAUAACGCUUCAGUCUGUCAAUCGCCAAAUUUACAUCAAACACAGCAAAUCCAGAAGCCCACAAUCCCUUUGAAGCCUUCAAACUUACAGGUCGAGACUAAAAUAAGUUCAAAGAAUGAUUUCGAGAGUCCAGCUCUUUGUUCAACAAGGCUGGAUAUUAACACUACGCCUGAUAUUGUCGUUUCUGAGAUAAAAGAGAAGCUUGCACAAGCUACGCAGCAAGGAUCAAGAGGAUCAAGUACAUACCUACGUCAGUCAUUAAACACAUCAGGAGGAAGUAUCUUAACAACAGCUAAGAAAUCUCCACAAACACCUUUAGUCCUUAAUCCAAUAUCAACUUGGACCUUCUCAUUUGGUGGCGAUGAUGUGACUCUUCCAUUUCAAAUGAGGAUGCCUAAACCAAUUGUUGGAUUGCCAGCAUCAGAACAAGAAAGGGAAGUAAUUAAGGAACUGCUUUAUACACUUAUUGGAGUUAAUGGAUCUUUGAUUGUGCCAAAAUUAAAGACUUUCCUUUUUGAUCCCAAAGACGAGUAUACAAUGGUUAAUAAUUGGCUAGAAAAUCGUAGUGUAGCCGUAGAAUUUGAUUUAAAUGAACAAAUUACUGAUUCCAUUCGAGAUAUAUUAAAAGACAUCCUUCCAUUAGCCAAUUACUACUUUCAGCUACAAUACUUCAUUGAAAGUACACGAGGGCCAUCGAGUGGACAAGUAUUGCAGGCAUUAUCAGAAGCUCUUAGUAAAUUAGUUGAUGAUUAUUAUGCAACAAUCGCACAAUUGGAAUCUAUGCAUCUAAGACAUGAAUUGAAUCUCCAUAAAUUACUGUUUUAUUUACGUCCAAUAAUUCAGACAAUGGAAACAGUCACGAAAAUCUGUGGAAAAUUGCAGGAAAAUCGUUAUCGUGGUGGAAAUGUCCUUACAAGUCUUCAUGACUCAAUCUCAUUAUUUAGUGGAGAUAAAAAUUCUCAAAAGAUUCUCAUUCAUCUCACUCAGAAAGCUGCUGAGCCGUAUAUGGAAAUAUUAAGCUUGUGGGUUUUUAAAGGAAUCAUCCAAGAUCCAAAGAAUGAAUUUUUCGUUGAGGAUAAUCAGAAUGACUUUGAGAAUCUCGUCGUUAGUGAUGCAUACAAUGAAUUUUGGGAUAAAAAGUAUGUCCUAAAAACUGAAAAGAUUCCAAGGUUCCUAGAAAAACAAGCAAACAUUAUUUUAAGGACUGGAAAGUAUCUAAACGUUGUUCGUGACUGUGGGAAGCGCUUGUCUUUUAAUCAUCAUUCAGGCACAGUUUUAAAGUUUUCACACACUGAUGAUCAAAGUUACAUUAAUCAUAUUAAUGAUGCUUAUGUAUACUCAUCAAAAGCUUUAAUGGAAUUAAUUAUGGAUGAUCAUGACUUGAUGGGACAUUUGCUGAGUGUCAAGCGAUACUUUUUGUUACAACAAGGAGAUUUUAUUGUUCAAUUUAUGGACGCAUGUGAGCAUGAGUUAAUGAAAGGCGUUGAUAAAGUCAUUCCAAUUCGUCUUGAGAAUCUAUUAGAAUUAACAUUACGUCUGUCGUCAGCUAAGCAUGAUAAAUAUCAAGAUAAUUUAAUCACGACAUUAAUGCCGUUCGAUAUAUUCACUCAAAUGACUAAAAUUAUGAAGAGCAGCGAUGAGUCAGAUGAUGAAUUUGAUGUAGUUGAUUAUGAUAUGAAGACGGGAAUCGAAUGCUUCUCAUUUGAUUAUAAAACAGCUUGGCCAAUAUCAAUCAUAUUAAACCAAAUGACAAUAUCCAAGUAUCAAAUCAUUUUCCGUCAAUUAUUCUACUUGAAGCAUGUCGAGAAUUUUUUGUGUCGCGUAUGGAUUGCAAAUAAUAAUGCCAAAAAGUUUGAUCAACGGACGAGUGAGCAGUAUAGAUCAGCAUUUACAUUGCGUCAGAGAAUGAUGAGUGCUAUACAAAAUUUGGAAUAUUAUAUGAUGGUUGAAGUUAUAGAGCCUGUUUGGCAUACUUUUAUGCAGCAGAUUUCGAAAGCUAAGAAUUUCGAUGAUGUUUUGGCUCAUCAUGAUGACUUCCUGGAUAAAUGCUUGAAAAAUUGCAUGCUGACCGAGCCUGACAUCCUUAAAUGCAUCGUUAAAAUGUGUACACUGUGCAUUGGAUUCUGUGAAUUCAUUGAGAAGGAGGCACAAACCGCAUCAACAGAAACAUUCUCCGAGAAAGUUACCAAAUACGAUUCCUUAUUCGUCCAACAAACCGUUGCUUUACUAAUGAAGAUCCAUGAACUAGCCGAAAAAAAUCAUUCUGAAAAGUAUGUCUCUCUUAUUCAUCGCAUCAACUUUAAUAAUUUCUACACGAACAAAUUAAAUUCAUGUCAAUAAUCAUCAUCGGAUAUCAA